AAGACGUUUCUGCUUCCACCACACUCAGAGACGCUCUUCUUCCGAGAGAAAGAGAGAGAGAGAUAGAGAGAAAGAGAGAAAGAGAGAAAGAGAAAGAGAGAGAGAGAGAAAGAGAGAGAAAGAGAGUUCUCUAAUGGCGGCGACGAGACCAAAGAAGGGAGAAUCCACUCUUCCUUCGUCGAGGUAAGUACUUUUUGUGAGAGAGAGAGAGACAAAGAUAAGAGUUUUAAGGGCGACGAGACCAGAGAAGAGAGAGAUAGAGAGAGCCGUGUUUGUAAGGGCGAUGCGUAUAUGAACAAAGCAGAGGUUAUUUUCCUUCGUCUUCUUCUUCUUCUUCGAUUUGAUUUAAAGUUUGUAUCUUUUUCUGAUUUGAUGGGUUUCAACAUGUGUUUUCGAGUCUCGUCCGUGGAUGGUUUCAAGAAGAUAGCGAUGGUCUUCGUCUAACCCUAAUCAAUCAAUUACGUCUUCCUUGUCACAGAGGUUUGAAGAUGAUGAUGACGAUGAUGUAUUAUGACCCAACAGGCAACAGUGUUUUCGAGUCUCGUACGUGGAUGGUUUCAAGAAGACAAUUAUGGUCUUCCCCUAAUCAAUCAAUUACGUCUUCCUUGUCACAGAGGUUUAUUUUCUUCGCAGGUUUGAAGAUGAUGAUGCAUAUUGCAUUAUGACCCAACAGGCAACAGUAGUGUAACAUCCUUUUUUUCAUUUCUUCAAAUUAUGUUUACAAAGCUAUAGAUGAUCUGCCUUUCACAGCUCAUCCAAUGACUCUAUUUGCUAGCGGUGUUAUGGCCCUUCAGUGAGUUUCAAAAGGCAUAUGGGAAGGGUGAUGUUCAUAAGUCAAACUUCAUAUGUUUAUUUGAGGAUGUACAAGGAUGGUAGCAUCAUUCCGUCAGAUGAUUCUUUGGAUUAUGGUGCAAAUUGUUCACACAUGCGGGGAUAUGAUAGUCCUCGGAUUUAAGAGAUCAUGAGGCUUUAUGUCACCAUCCACAGUGAUCAUGAAGGUGGAAGUGUUAGUGCUCACGCUGGUCACCUGAGAGAGUGAGAGACAAAGAGCCGUGUUUGUAAGGGCGACGAGACCAGAGAAGAGAGGGAUAGAGAGAGCCGUGUUUGUAAGGGCGACACGUAUAUGAACAAAGCAGAGGUGUUUUCGAGUCUCGUCCGUGGGUGGUUUCAAGAAGACAGUGAUGGUCUUCCCCUAAUCAAUCAAUUACGUCUUCCUUGUCACAGAGUUUGAAGAUUUAUCUCCGAGGGGUCUCGUUGAUGAUGAUCUGCCUUCCACAGCUCAUCCAAUGACUCUAUUUGCUAGCGGUCUAAUGGCCCGCUUCAGGUUCGAAGUGAGUUUCAGAGGCAUAUGGGAAGGGUGAUGCUCAUAAGUCAAAGGGUGAUGUUCUUAUAAAGUUUGAAGAGAGUGAAGAAGAUUCAGAACAACAAGCAUAUGAUAACGCAAUUGGGCAAUCUGAUUCUUCUGGUCUUUGACAGUCCCCGUCCUCGGAUCAAUCAAUUACGUAUUCCUUGUCACAAAGUUUGGAGAUAAUUACAUGUUAUGCGUUAUGACCCAACAUGCAACAUUUGGAGAUGAUGAUGAUGCUUAUGCCUUAUGACCCAACAUGCAACAGUUAAGUAAAUUUUUUUCUUCAUCUGUGUACUUUGGUGGACUGAGAGAGGUGACUGGAUGUACUCUGAGAAACCUCAUUGCUUGAUGCACUUGAGGGAAUACGCUUUAGGGGCAUGUUUGAUUUUUGAACGCCAGAAAGUGUUACCUUCAGCUCUAUCUGGAGAAGAGCCCUUGCCUGAGGGUCUUCCCUGGCUUCUGUUAACUGUAAAGGUGCCAAGCAAUGAGCAAGUUGAGGCGCUGUCAAGACUCAAAAGAGUUGGCUCCUCGUGCGGUUGUGCCAGAUUAUGUUUCCAAGUCUAUAGAUGCUCUGCCAUCCACAACUCAUCCAAUGAAUCAAUUUGCUAGCGGUGUUAUGGCCCUUCAGGUGGUGUGUGAUCGUUAUCAUGUGAAUGUUUUGCUUUUAUAGUUAUUGCGUUUUGUUUCUUUUGGAUUCUUUGAAACAAAUUUCUACAAGAAAAACAACUCAUCCAUUCCCCGAAGGAGAGAUGAAGCUUAAUCGUACGUUGACGCCAAGACUCUAUGAUGUUUUCCAACAAUCCGGCAAGGUUUGUAGUUCAUGUCUAUGCUCUGUGUUUUUGUGACCUCUAGUUUCAUGACUCAUCAAAGCUUAGCAAAAACUCACUAUGAUAAGUGAGACUGAGUUUUAUCCGGCAAGUCAAUAACAAUAAGUGAGACUGAGAUUUUAAAAUUGAAGCAACAACAAAACCAUGUCUUCUUCACAAAGCAAGCCUAGGGAAAAUAAACCAGUUCAGAGUCAACAACAAUGAGACCGCAUAUGAUAAAAGAGUCGUUUUAGAACCAAAUCUUCAAACUUGCACCUUAAGUUUCAACGACUAAAUUGAUGAAGAAGUCCCAAACAAGCACCAGAAACUUGCCAUUGCCUCAUGCGAACAAGUCCCUUCCACAUGUAAGAAACAAUUGAAACUCUCUGAUUCCUUUAACUUCUCUCGUAUCUUUUUCUUUUUUUUUUUCUCAGAAAAGUUUUGAUGAAAUAUUAAGAUGGUGCUGUCUUCAACACCUGAAUUGAUGAAGAAGUUCCAAAUAAGCACAAAAGAAACUGUGCUUGGUGGAUUCUCACUUGCGUUGUGAACUGGGCUUUUUCUCUGUUAAAUUUCAUGUUAGCUUAUCCACGUAUUUUCGCUUCCACUUGCUCUGUUUGUAGAUCAUGAGCUGUGUAACUGUUUGGUAAUAAUGUUUGAUAAGUUUAAGACACUUCUUCAUGCUUCGCCUGCGCUUGAUGAACUGUACCUGGUUGAUUGAAACUGGAGAGAUCGGGAUGUCACCGUCUCAAAUGCAAGCCUCAAUACCCUAACAAUAGAUUCUGACUGUUAUUUAGAUGCUCUUGACGAGACAUCCUGAGUAUGUGAUGUAGAUACUGUUCACCAUCAAUAGUUAGUCUCUUAAGGGUUGGGGAACACACUGACGCAAAGCUCCAACGGUGCCAACUUAUACAAUUUACGAUCAACUCCUCAAGCAUAGGGCAUUUAGAUAGAAGCCGAGCAAUAACUCCCACUAUCAUGACCGAAGUUAACAGAAUUAAGAUGCAGAGUUCUAAGAUUGGUAAAGGUAAAGCCUCUUAGAAAUGAGAGACCAAGUCCACAUCCAAGUUUCAGCUUAAGCAGGUUGCGGCUCUUGUCGAAGAUUCUAAAAGGCAGUGAAGGUAUUCGUGAAGAUGGGAAGAGCAUUACUAAGGUAAGAUCUGUUGCUCCACGUGUCAGAGCGUUUGCGUGUCCAAUCCGCGACAAGAUCUUUGUCAACACCCUGAAUGUGUAGUACCUUUAGGGACUAGUUUCAGAGAGUUUGUAAUCUUUCUUGCUCUUCAGGGUGUUGACAAAGCAAAACACAAGUCACGCCAUCUCUUGGACAGAACAGAUGUCAAAGCCCAUUACGGCUUAAAAUAAUAUUAAAAGCCCAUUACGGCUUAAAACAAAAUUAAAAGCCCAUGGCUUCGACUAGUCCAAGCGGUGCGUUUUUAUAAAAAGGCCAAAACGUAGCGUUUUGUAGAGUCCUAUCCAACCUAACUGUUUUUAAUCAAGAAAGUUCAAGAAAAAAAUGAAGCAGUUUCUUAUUUUCUUCACUCUCCGUCUUCUAAAUUAAUUUCCAAAGUCGUAAUCUCAUCAUCUUCGUUGAGUUUUGUGGUUCGCUAGGGUUUUAAUUCGAAGAAGAUGGAUCGGAUCAGCGGUCUACCAGAUGAACUUAUCAUGCUAAUCGUGAGUUAUCUUGCUGCAAAGGAUGCUGCGUCUUUAAUUACCUCAAGGAGGUUUAGGAAUCUAUAUACCAUCAUACCAGAUCUUGAGUUCGAUGACACAGCUCAGUUUCAGGGGAGUUUCACGGAUCUUGUGAGUCUAACUAUGGCUGCUCGGCUGAAAACUACUACGCGUAUAAGGAGAUUCUCUUUAAAAUCUAAAAGGGGUCUUGAUCAAGAUCGUAUCAACCACUGGCUACGUGAUGUGUUGAAUCAUCGUGGUGUCAUGGAUAUUGAGAUGGGCAUAUAUGGUGAUAAUGGUUAUACGUUGCCUUUGGAGAUCUUCACUUGCAAGACACUCAAGAACCUGAAACUUGGGAGGGAAAUUGAGAUCAGUCUUGUCCCUGAGAAUGCUUUGUUACCAAGCCUUGAGACUCUUGUUUUUGAUGACUGCGUUCGGUUCUGUAAUCCUGUUGAUUGUGCGUUCAAUGCGUUUCUUUCGGCUUGUCCUGUGCUAAAGGAACUAACCAUUGAUGGUAUGUGUUGGGAGACUUGGGAAUGGUCAGGGUUUGUGUCUAGUCGAAGUCUUGAAAGACUUACAAUUGGUCGUGAACUGGUUGAUUUUGAUGGACCUAAUCCACAGUACAUUACUUUUGAUACUCCAAGUCUUGCCUACUUAGAAUACGGUGAUUUUGUCCCGGAUGGGUAUACAAUUGUUAAUUUCGAGUCCCUUGUGGAAGCUAAGCUCAAUCUUCUUGUGAUGGUAAAUCGCCGAUGGCAUGGACAGUUUGCAAAUUAUGGUGAUGUCUUGUCUAGCAAUGUAACAAAUCUGAUUCAAGGGAUACGAAAUGUCCAGAUCCUUGAAUUAUCAUCUCCUUAUACUUUUGAGACGCUUUACUUCUUCCGUGAUGCAAUUCCAGUACUAGAGAAGCUACAUCAUCUAACUAUGGUAAAUGAUGAUAUGGGUUUCUGUUGGAGGUUUCUUCCCUUUUUGCUAAACAAGGCUCCGAAUCUGAAGACCCUUGUUAUCGAGGGUGGAUUUCACUGUCUUGAACCUGACGAUACUGAAGAACCUGACUUUGAUGAAGAAGCUGACAAUGUUGAAGAACCUGACUAUGUGUGCGCGUGUUUGUCGGGAUAUUCUUGUCUAUUGACAUGUCCAGUAGAGGUCUUGGAGAUAACUUUAUGGUAUGGCGGGACGACUGGUGAGUUGCAGCAAGUAAAACAUUUCUUAGGAAAGUUGCCACGUCUGGAGCUGUUGAAAGUUCGUACUUGGAGAAGAAUAAGCGAUAGUGACAAGUUAAGAAUCCACACGGAUCUUCAUAUGUUUCCGAGAGCUUCAUCCAACUGCAGGGUCCAGCUCAGUUUUACUUGAAAAACAAACGUUGGUCCUCCUAGUUGCUUUAAGUCUGUUGGAACAUGAAUCGGUUUGUGCACAUUCUUGGUCACAUUUAUCUCCCUGUGUUCUUUUAUUAACUGGAUUCUCCUAGUUAUCUUCAGUCUGAUUCUAUCUAGUUUCUAGGGCAUGAUAUGAUUUGUAACUCAGUGUGCUUCGAUGGGCACUUAGUCUAUGUCUCAGAUGAUCAUGUGAACUUCAAUCCCACGUGUGAAAGAUUUAAUCAUAAGGCGGAUGAUUUUUGUUGUGGAUG